UGCUUCCAACAACAAGCAGAAGCCAGCAACAUGGCCGACCUGGGGAAGAAGUACUGCGUUAACUGCCUGGCAGAUGUGACGAAUCUUCGGCUUCGCUGCACCGAUUGCCAGGACAUUGAACUGUGUCCGGAGUGCUUUUCUGCCGGGGCCGAAAUUGGCAAUCACCGGCGAUGGCACGGAUAUCAGCAAGUGGACGGCGGCCGUUUUACUCUUUGGGGUCCCGAAGCAGAGGGAGGUUGGACCAGCAGGGAAGAGCAGUCGCUACUCGAUGCGAUCGAGCAAUAUGGCUUUGGAAACUGGGAGGACAUGGCUGCGCACGUGGGCGCUUCCCGAACCCCCCAGGAGGUCAUGGACCAUUACGUCAGCAUGUACAUCCACGGCAACCUGGGCAAGGCCUGCAUCCCUGACAGCAUCCCCAACCGAGUGACCGACCACACCUGCCCGAGCGGGGGCCCGCUGUCCCCGAGCCUGACCACGCCGCUGCCCCCGCUGGACAUCUCCGUUGCCGAGCAGCAGCAGCUGGGCUACAUGCCGCUGCGCGACGACUACGAGAUCGAGUACGACCAGGAUGCGGAGAAGCUCAUCAGCGGCCUGUCAGUCAACUACGACGACGACGACGUGGAGAUCGAGAUGAAGCGCGCCCACGUGGACAUGUACGUGCGCAAGCUCCGAGAACGCCAGCGGCGCAAGAACAUCGCCCGCGACUACAACCUGGUGCCCGCCUUCCUGGGCAAGGACAAGAAGGACAAGGAGAAGGAGAAGCCGGCGCCGGGGUGUGGGGCCGGGGGGGCGGCUGCGCCCUCCUCUGUGGCGGGGGCAGCGGGGGCCGGCUCCUCGUCCAUCCCGGCCACCCCGAAGCGCAAGAUCACCAAGGAGGAGCGGGAACAGCGGGUGAAGCUGCGCGCCCUGUGCCAGUUCAUGGCGCACCGCGAGUUUGAGGAGUUCUUCGAGAACAUGCACAAGGAGCGCGUGCUGCGGGCCAAGGUGCGCGAGCUCCAGCGCUACCGGCGCAACGGCAUCACCAAGCUGGACGAGUCGGCCGAGUAUGAGGCGGCGCGGCACAAGCGUGAGAAGCGCAAGGAGAACAAGAGCGUGGCGCAGUCCAAGCGCGGCGGCGGGGGUGGGGCUGGCGGCGGGGGCGGCGGCAGCGGGGGCGGGGUUGGCGGGAUCAAGGAGGAGGGCAAGGACAGCGAGUUUUCCGCCAUUGAGAACCUGACGGGCUUCGAGCUGCUCUCUGACCGGGAGAAGGUCCUCUGCAACUCGCUCAACCUCAGCCCCACCCGCUACCUGACGGUCAAAACCAUCAUCAUCAAGGACCACCUGCAGAAGCGGCAGGGAAUCCCCGCCAAGAGCCGGCUGCCCAGCUACCUGGACAAAGUCCUCAAAAAGAGGAUUCUGAACUUCCUGACAGAGAGUGGGUGGAUAUCCCGAGAUGCGUCCUAACAUCUCUCUCUCUCUCCCUGGAAAAUGAUCUUUUUUUUUUUUUGCUUUUGCAUAUGUCUGUUUUUUAUUAUGACCUCUGUAAGUUCCAUGUGGGCCAAACUACUGGAUUUAGCCACCCUUGGUGAUUCCUUCCAUUUUUUUUUUCCAGCGUUGAUUACAGUUUUUCUUGUAAAUGAAUAUAUGUUUACAGGGAAAUGACAUACCGUAUUAAUGGAGGCUAAACAUUAUAUGCAGAGGCACAACAACAGAAUGAAUAUGUUUCAUAAUUUAAGCCAAACAAAUCUUUGUAACUGUGGAGAGUUAGGGAGUUAGGGAGUUGGUAACAUUUUCAGUACGAUGCUCUUAUGUGGAUAGCUGCUGUGGGAGAUGGUGCUGAGUGGGGGUCAAUACCACUCUCUUACGUAUUCACAAGCAGGCAGUUCCAGGAAUGAUUUUGGUCAGGAAUGAUGAGUUGUAGCAAUGAUUGUAUGCGUACCAGCAAUUACUAUAACCGUAACCAAGUGGGCAAAGUUCUAACUAAUAGCAAGUAUUCAUAAGCACCUGUCUUGUCCCCAGACUUCAGUUUGCUAAAAAUGGCAGGGGACAGAGCAUUCAAUGUAGAUAACUGAGAUCUGUCCAUCUGGUGAAUUGAUUAGGUAUCUCUGAUGAAACCAUCACUCCUCCAAGUAGAUGUGUAUUGGAUGAUGAGAGAAUGAGGCCUCAUGAACUCUAAAAUGAUUGGCACGAUCAGUCACUCACCAAUUUGAACCAGUCAUGGUGUUCUUCUGUGGAGAAACAAAAUUUUGAUUGGUUCAUACAAAUCUCUUCAACAGAAUCCCAUAAUGGGGUCAAUGAAGCGUUACUCUUCCAUUAUUCCUGUGUCUUUUGCAGGGGAUUUUGUUAGGCACACAUGAAUCGGAUUCCCAGAGCACGUUCUCUUUAAGAACUCCACAUUUUCAUUGUUCAUUUUCAAGCACCUCUGAAAUUUGUCACAAAGCACCAGACCGCGUCUCGGAGAAUAAACGCAGAAUUUCUUGAUCAGGCAGGUGCUUCAAAUCCCUGUCCAGUACAGCAUCCUGAAAGAGCACAGAGAACCUGACAUUCUUGAACACCUUUACAUCAAAGCAGCUUAUUUUCAUAGAUUUAAAUGGCUUUCCCCGUCAGAGUCUUCACAGGAUUUGUGUGGUGUGGUAGCUUUGUAUAUAUGGUUGGGAAGGACAGAGUCUCUGGAACUUGAGAACACCCAGGGCUCGGACUCAAACAGCAUUACUGUGAGAAAACCAUCUUAUCCAUGUUCAGCCCCACAUGCUUGUAGGGCAGCAUUU